GUUCACUAGUGAUGGGACGAGCGACACCGGUACGUCAGCACGGUGCCGAGAGCUUAAGCGUGAAACCCCGUCUCGGUGUGUGUAUUGCUGUGAGGAAGAAUCACGUGACCGAUACCGGAAAUGAAUCGUUCGGAUUUGCCGCGCCAAAGUGUGUUUAUCAGGAAACAAACUGUAUCAACAUGUCGUGGGUUUGUUGGAUGGAGUUUUGUGUGAUUAUGGAUCGUUCGAAGAAGUUUUCCCCAGUGUGGAAUAAUUUAGAUCUUGUGACGCCAAAGAAGGUGAAGUGUCGGCUCUGCUACACAGAGCUAUCUUACAUCAAUAAGAGCACUUCAUCAAUGCUGAGGCAUAAUAGAGGUCGGCAUGGCAAUGAAGAAUUGGCAGAUACUUGUGAGAGUACACCAGUUCCGAACAAGCAAGCAGUGGAUGAGGCAGUGGUCAACAUGAUUAUCAAAGAUUGUCAGCCACUCAGCAUUGUUGAGAAUAAGGGAUUCAGGGAGCUCCUGAAGCUUAUUAUGCCCUCGUAUGCUCUACCAAGCAGGAAGACCAUCAAGGACUUGGUGAGCCAGAGAUAUGAGGAGGAAAACUCAAAUGCAACAGCUGACUCCAUAAUUGAAGUCCAACGCUACCUGGCAGAAGCAAACACACCCAGACACCAUGACCCUUUACAACAGCGGUAUCAUCGUCCCAUCCCUACUGUUCACAACCUGACAAUAAACUCUCAGACUCUACUGAAAUAG